UUCUUCUUCUUCCCCCUUUUUGAUUGCGCGAAUACCGUUUCCUGAAGCUUCCGAUCGCUCCCUUUCCUCCCUUGCAAGCUAGAGAGAGGCCCGGUCCCCUUCCCUUUCUCGAGCCGUGCUUCUUUGAUCGGGACCCGAUCGUCCUUGGCCUAGGGCUAUGGGCACCGACGGGGAUUCCGGCCACGCAAGCGGCUCCGACACCGUCGGAGGGGCAGCCGCCGUCACCGUGCACGUCCGAUCCUCGAGCGGGUCCAAGUUUUCGGUGCAGACCGCUCUCGAUUCCACCGUCGCGGCCCUCAAGGCUGCCCUGGUUGAGAAGUGCAACAUCCCGGUGGAGCAACAGCGGCUGAUCUACAAAGGGCGGAUCUUGAAGGACGAGCAGACACUGGAGAGCUACGGGCUGGAGUCAGAUCACACAAUUCAUUUGGUUCGUGGUUCAAUACCACCAGCUGCAUCUGCUGAUGUGACUGUAGCUAGCAAUGGAGCUUCAAGGGUUCCAAACAACACUACAGGUGUUGAGAGUGGUGGUUCUAAUGAAGGUGGCCGAUUUGGAGCUGAUUUUGGAGGCUCGCUUUUCCCUGGCCUUGGUGUUAACAGAAGAGAUGGUAGUGGUUCAGGUUUUUUGGGGUUUGGUUUACCAGAUCUUAAUCAGAUGCAGCAGCAGCUUGCUCAAAAUCCUAGCAUGAUGAGGGAAAUAAUGAAUAUGCCUGCCGUUCAGAGUCUGAUAAAUAAUCCUGACCUGUUGCGAAAUAUGAUAAUGAACAAUCCUCAAAUGCGUGAAAUCAUAGACCGUAACCCUGAUUUCGCACAUGUCCUUAAUGACCCUAGUACACUACGACAAUCACUGGAAGUCAUGAGGAAUCCUGAACUCAUGAGAGAAUUAAUGCGGAACACUGAUAGGGCUAUGAGCAACAUUGAGUCAUCCCCAGAAGGAUUCAACAUGCUUAGGCGCAUGUAUGAAACUGUUCAGGAGCCAUUCCUGAAUGCUACAACCGGAGCGGGGAACAUGGGCAACGAUUUGGAGCGAAACCCAUUUGCUGCACUUUUGGGAAAUCUGGGUGCUAUGCAGGCAAGAGAUCAGACACCAAACCAGUCCGUUACUGAUUCCGAUGCAACAAACGAAACUGCUGCACCAAACAGUAACCCACUACCAAACCCAUGGGGCAGAACAGCAGGAGGUGCACGAACUACAAACACUAGACAAGCCCCUGCAAGUGAUGGAAGAUCUCCAGCCAUUGCGGGGUUAGGUGGGCCUGGUUUGCCAGAGUUGGAAAGGAUGGCUGGUGGCAUGCCGGAUCCAUCCUUUUUGAAUCAGCUUCUGCAGAAUCCAGCCAUUAUGCAGAUGAUGCAGUCCCUUCUCUCCAACCCUCAGUUUAUGAAUCAGGUAUUGAAUCAGCAACUUGGUGGCUCGUUGGGGUCCAAUUCCCAACUUAGAGAUAUGUUGCAGAACCCAGAAUUGAUUCGUCAGCUUACUUCUCCUGAGAUGUUGCAGCAACUUCAAUCUUUUCAGCAAUCACUUCUAUCCCAGGUUGUUCGGCAACAGUCGAGCCAGGAACAAAAUCAGAAUGAUGGUGGUGCAGCAGGGACUACAAAUACCAGUGGACUGGAGCUCCUGAUGAACAUGUUCGGUGGGCUUGGACCUGGUGCUGGUGUUCCUAAUAACCCUGAUGUGCCACCAGAGGAACGAUAUGCAACACAGCUAUCCCAGCUACAAGAAAUGGGUUUCUUGGACACUCCAGCAAACAUUCGGGCUUUGAGUGCCACUUCUGGAAAUGUCCAUGCGGCAGUUGAUUGGCUCUUAAGGAAUAUUGGUGGAUAGAUAGUCUUCAUGUUUGCUUUGCCAUUUUUCCCUUAGCUCACAACUAUAACGAUGGUUUCAACUUCAUAAUUUUGCAAGGCAUAAUCAUAUAUACUUUUCGAGUUGUGUAACCUAUAAACGGUUAUGUCUCAGUUUCAGAUGUCUCUGUUGAUAUAUAUUGACUCAUUGUAAAUAUGAAUCCUAAAAAAUUAUUAUCAUUCCAACUUUUUACAGCCAGGUAUUA